UCCACCAUCCGCAAAGAUUUAACGCACUCUCACCUCAACAACCCUCAAGAUCAGCCAAAAUGGGUCGUGUCCGUACGAAGACCGUUAAGCGCGCAUCGCGUGUGCUCAUUGAGCGUUACUACCCUCGUCUCAACGCUGUUGACUUCCACACCAACAAGCGCGUCAUUGAUGAGGUUGCCAUCGUGCCUUCCAAGCGUCUCCGCAACAAGAUUGCCGGUUUCACCACCCACUUGAUGAGGAGAAUUCAGAAGGGACCUGUCCGCGGUAUCAGCUUCAAGCUGCAGGAGGAGGAGCGUGAGCGCAAGGAUCAAUACGUUCCCGAAGUGUCUGCCCUUGACACCACCGCAUCCGGCGGUCUUGAGGUCGACCCCGACACCAAGGAGAUGCUCAAAUCCAUUGGCCUCGACUCUCUGCCCGUCAGUGUUUCCGCACCUGUCACACAGUUCCAAGCUCCCGAGCGCCGCGGUGGCCGAACUGUCGUUGGUGCGGGUCGCCGCUAAAUUGGCAUUGCAGCCUUCGGCAACCAGGAUGAGGCAGGUCUUCUUUGACCCGACUCGCCGUUCCUAGACACACGCACAUGAAAACUCAUGCAUCAUCAACACCACUACCAGCGCCUCGGGCUUGCGCUUCCUGUACACUGUCUCUCGACUAGCGUCGUGAAAAUGCCCAUGCAUCGAAUCAGCACCCGUCACAGUCUUCGUGCAUCGCAUCCCAACCGACUCGCUGGCAAUCUAGUUGGAGCCGGAGAAAACCAGC